ACACGCUAUAACGAACCAACCAUGCAAGUCUUGAUAUCUUUUCCUCUAGUAUUGCAUGCAAUCAGUCGAUUGAAUCAAUGAGUACAGGUGGAAUUGUCGAAAGAUAAAAAAAAAAAAGAAAAGAAAGAAAUUAGAACGAUGGAUACAAAAAGAUAAGAAUUGCUUUUUCUUUUUUAUUUUUCUUUUUAUUUUUAUUUUAUUUUAUUUUAUUUCCUUUUACGUUUCAACGUGUCUCUCUAAAAAGACACAAGCAAAACAAAAGCAAACCAUGAGCAAUCACCAUCAACCUUUUGCAGCACGCGCGUCGCAUACAUUCAUUCUCCCACUAAAAGCCAAGGAUAACGCCAGAUAACAAAAGUUUGUUUUCAUACUUUAACCAUCGUGAAUCAUAUGGUGUAAAGAGAGGAGAAGAGAGGAGAGUAAGGGAAAAGAAAUGACCAAAACCUUAAUGAUGAUGAUGAUCAAGUAUCACAUGGAUGGAUAAAAGAAUGGGGUUUUUUUUUUGAGUCUAGAGCCAACGAAAACACGUUUGAUAAACAUGUUGUCUAUGCAUGGUUGAUGAUUGCAAGAGGCGAUAUCCUCGAUACAUGAAAAGUUUAUCGGUUUAUCGCUAAGAAAUGUAGGUUUUAUCGUCAUUUAGGUGUUGAUUUUGUUUUUAUUUGUUUUGAUUUGAUUCAAUGAGUAGAGGAGUAGGAAUUCAAUUAGAAAACAGGAUAAAAAGAAAAGAAGAGAAAAGAAGAGAAAAGAAGAGAAGAGAAGAGAAAAGAAAUAUCAACCUUUUUUUCCACUUGAACCAAAUUCAAUCGACUCGACUUGACUCGACUCGACAAGCCCUGUUUUUGUUUACAUCCAUCUCUCUCUCUCUCUCUCUCUCUCUUAAACAUUCGCUUGCUUCUUUAUCCAACAACUCGUGUGUGCACGGACUAUCUAUUGCCUCUGUUUAUGGAAUUAUUAACCUUUUGUUUAUCUAGAUUAGCUAUCUUAUCCUCCUUGACAUGUGUUUCCCCUCCCUCUACGUUUAUGGGGAAUCUGCUCUGUUUUACCUGAUAGAUAAUAACCCACAAUUCAGAGAUGAAGAAAAAUAGAGACAUAAAAGGCGAGUGUUUCCCUCUUGAAUUCAACACCAAAAAAGGAGUUUUAUUGUUUCAACAGGAUUUUCUUUUUUCUUUUCUUUUUUCCUUUUCUUUUUCUUUUUCUGUUUCUGCGUUUCCUCUUUGAAUAUCCUUCACAUGUUGAAUUCAUCUGUUUCUUUUCUUCUCUAACUGUAUCGGUUUCUUUCUUUCUUUCUUUUUUCUUUACUUUCUUGUUUGUUUUUCUUCUCUUUUCUCGUUUUCCAAUUUACAAAUUGAUUGACGAUUAAUUUAAAGAAAAAGAAAAAAUUCGUCCUUGUACUCUACGACAUUCAACAUUUCCAAUGCCCUCUUCUAUUGCUGAUGCCUCAUUUUCCUCGCCCAUAGACUUGUCCUCUUCAUCCAACAGAGCUGGAAGAGGAGGAAUGGGCGAGGAAAUUCAUACCUCGACUUCCACUACUUCUUUAAAUUCCAUCAAAGACCAAAGCAAGGACGCCGCCGAAGUUAACUCUUACGCCGUCAAAGAAAAAAAGGGUCAAAGCUCCUCUCGCUCCUCCGACGAUAUCGAACAGGGUGAUGUUGAAGAAAAAGAUUUCGGCGACAUCGAAAACGAUUCUCCUUAUCCCGAAGUUCGUGCCUCCGUUUUACCCACCGAUGACCCUUCUCUGCCUUGUAAUACCAUCCGUAUGUGGACCAUCGGGUUCAUCUUCUCUACUGUCGGUGCCGCCGUUAACAUGUUUUUCUCCCUCAGAAACCCUCCCGUUACCAUCAGCGUCCUCAUCGCCCAACUCAUCGCCUACCCUUGUCUCAAGGGUUGGGACUUUAUCUUUCCCAACCGUCAAUUCCGCAUUGGCCGUCUCCGUUUCAACUUCAAACCUGGUCCCUUCAAUAUGAAGGAACACACUCUCAUUGUUAUCAUGUCUACCGUCUCUUUCGGUAGUGCUUAUUCCACAGACAUUAUCCUUGCUCAACGCGCUUUCUAUAAACAACGCUUCGGUUUUGGCUACGAAAUCUGUCUCACUCUCGCUACCCAACUCAUCGGCUAUGGCCUUGCCGGAAUUUCCCGUAAAAUCUUGGUUCGUCCAGCCGCCAUGGUUUGGCCCUCUAAUCUUAUCAAUACUGCCCUUAUGAAAACUCUGCAUUUACCCAGCAAGGCCGCCUACAUAAAAACAGCAAAUGGCUGGAACAUUUCCGCUUAUCGUUUUUUUCUCAUCGUCUUUGCUGGUAUCUUUUUUUGGACUUGGUUCCCUAAUUACAUCUUUACCGCCCUUUCUCUUUUUGCUUGGAUCACUUGGAUCAAACCUAACAGUCCCAUUGUCAAUCAACUUUUUGGUGAAAGUACCGGUAUUUCGUUAGUCCCAGUCACCUUUGACUGGAACUCCAUCAGUGGCUACUUGGGUUCUCCUCUUAUGUCCCCUGCUAGUGCCAUCUGGAAUACUUUGAUUAGCACCAUUCUUUUCUUUUGGAUCGUUACUGCUGGUGUCCACUAUAGCAACGUCUGGUAUGGAAAAUACCUUCCCAUUUGCAGUAAUUCCAUUAUAGAUCAUUUUGGAAACUCUUAUGAUGUUAGUCGCAUUCUUACUCCUGAUUUCAGACUAGACCUUAAAGCCUUCCAAGAAUACUCCCCUCUUUUUAUGCCUAGCGCUUCUGCCGUAUCAUUUGGUCUUUCUUUUGCUUCCAUGACUGCAGCUAUCUUUCACGUCGCUCUCUACAAUGGUAAGGAUAUCUGGGACCGCCUUCGCAACCCUCCUAAGCAAGACAUCCACGAACGUCUUAUGGAACAGUACGAAGAAGUCCCCUUUUGGUGGUACUUUACCAUAUUCAUUGUCUUUUUCGGUAUGAUGAUGGGUGUUUGCUAUGGAUGGCACACUGAAACUCCUGCUUGGGUCGUCAUUGUCGGUUUGAUUAUCGCCAUCGUUUGGUUCAUACCUAUUGGUGUCAUUUAUGCCAUUACUAACGUCGAACUUGGUAUGAACGUCUUUACCGAAUUUAUUGUCGGUUAUAUGUAUCCUGGACAUCCUUUGGCAAACAUGAUCUUCAAGACCGUUGGCUACAUUACUCAAGCACAAGCUUUGUCUUUUGUCAGUGAUCUCAAGUUAGGCCACUACAUGAAGAUUCCUCCAAAAAUGAUGUUUUGGACUCAAACAAUCGCUAGUAUUUGGGCUUGCUUUGUUCAAAUUGGCGUCUUGGAUUGGGCUCUUGGUAAUAUUAAAAACGUGUGCGAUCCUAAUCAACCCGAUGGAUACACCUGCCCUUCUGCCAAAACUUUCUUUAAUUCCUCCGUUAUUUGGGGUGUAAUCGGUCCUCAACGUAUGUUCUCUGGUCAUUAUCUUUAUGCUGGUUUGCAAUACUUUUGGCUCGUCGGUACCCUGUCGACCGUCUUAUUUUGGGUUUUAUGGAAAAAGUGGCCUCAAAAAUGGUGGGGAAAGCUCAAUGCUCCUAUUAUUUUUGGCGGUACGGGAAUGUUGCCUCCUGCUACCCCUACCAACUAUUUGGUUUGGUGCGGCAUUGGCCUUUUCUUCAACCACUAUAUCAAGAACAGAUUCUAUGACUGGUGGGCGAAGUAUAACUUCAAUAUGUCGGCUGCCCUCGAUACAGGUAUGGAGCUGGCUCUCAUCCUCAUCUUUUUCUGCCUUCAACUGCCCAAUGUUAGCUUUCCAAACUGGUGGGGUAAUAUAGGUGCCUUUAAUACUAUGGAUGCCAGUGGUACUGCCGUUUUACGGACCGUAAAUGAAACUGCCGGCGAAUUCUUUGGACCUAAAUCCUGGUAAUAUCGACGUUCUUUGAUAAUUUCCUACCGUUUAUAGAGGUGGAUUUUUUUGAAAGAAGUCGCUAAUUUUAAUGUCGGCAUAUUCUUCUGUCUCUUUUACUUUUAUAAUAAUAGCUUUUUAUGCUUCCUUGCUUUAAUAUGUGUUUGAUUCUAUUCGCUUCCAACGAUUUUAUUUAUGUGAUACAUUGUGAUAUAUAUAGUUUACUGAAUAAUAAAUUUUUGUUUUACAAAACACUUUGCUUUCCUCAUUCUGUGUCAAGUAAACAUUCGUAUCUGUUUUUUCUU